AUGAAGGAAGUUAAAAGCAGAUGUGAUAAAGGAGAAAAGAUUAGGCAAGGAGGAAUCAAGGAUGACCUCAAGAAUUUCAGCCUGAAAGCUUCAGUAUUCAGUUCUAUAGCUGAAAAUGAAGAUGCCCUCCUCAGACAUUUAUUCCAAGAUUAUCAGAAAUGGGUUCGUCCAGUCUUACAUUCAAAUGACACCAUUAAAGUAUACUUUGGAUUGAAAAUUUCCCAGCUGGUAGAUGUGGAUGAAAAGAACCAACUGAUGACAACUAAUGUGUGGCUCAAACAGGAAUGGACAGACCUCAAAUUACGUUGGAAUCCCGAUGAAUAUGGUGGAAUUCAUUCAAUUAAAGUCCCAUCAGAAUCUCUCUGGCUUCCUGACAUAGUUCUCUUUGAAAAUGCUGAUGGACGUUUUGAAGGCUCCCUUAUGACAAAAGUCAUUGUGAAAUAUAAUGGAACUGUCAUUUGGACCCCUCCUGCCAGUUACAAAAGUUCAUGCACCAUGGAUGUCACAUUUUUCCCUUUUGACAGACAGAACUGUUCAAUGAAGUUUGGAUCCUGGACUUACGAUGGUACCAUGGUUGACCUCAUUUUAAUAAAUGAGAAUGUUGACAGGAAAGACUUCUUUGAUAAUGGAGAAUGGGAAAUAUUAAAUGCAAAAGGGAUGAGGGGAAACAGAAGAGAGGGUUUAUAUUCAUAUCCAUUUAUUACUUAUUCUUUUGUGCUGAGGCGCCUGCCUUUGUUCUAUACCCUUUUUCUGAUAAUCCCCUGCCUGGGGCUGUCUUUCCUAACAGUUCUCGUGUUCUAUUUGCCUUCUGAUGAAGGAGAAAAACUUUCAUUAUCAACAUCUGUUUUGGUUUCCCUGACAGUUUUUCUUUUAGUAAUUGAAGAAAUAAUACCAUCUUCUUCAAAAGUCAUUCCUCUCAUUGGAGAAUACCUAUUGUUCAUUAUGAUUUUCGUUACUCUGUCCAUCAUUGUUACUGUUUUUGUAAUUAAUGUUCACCAUAGAUCUUCCUCAACAUACCAUUCCAUGGCUCCCUGGGUUAAGAGACUAUUUCUUCAAAAACUUCCUAAAGUACUUUGUAUGAAGAACCAUGUAGAUCGCUAUUCUUUCCCAGAUAAAGAUGAGAUUAAACCAGUAGUAAAAGCUAAAGUUCCAGAAAAAAAGAAAAAGAAACAAAUGAAUGAUGGAGAAAAAGUUCUCAUUGCUUUCUUGGAAAAGGCUGUCGAUUCCAUUAGAUACAUUUCAAGACAUGUGAAGAAAGAGUAUUUUAUCAGUCAGGUUGUACAAGACUGGAAAUUUGUAGCUCAAGUUCUUGACCGAAUCUUCCUGUGGCUCUUUCUGAUAGUGUCAGUUACCGGCUCCAUACUGAUUUUUACUCCUGCUUUGAAGAUGUGGUUGCAUAGUUACCACUAG